AUGGCUGCCUCGUUCGCUGCGUACGCGUCUCAGUAUUUGAAUAGACAACAGACCUCUGCAUCUAGCAAUAUUGACGAAGCAGACCUCGAUGACCUAGACGAUCCCCAUCUGCAUGCAGCCGGCAUGAGCAGAACUACCACGAGGAGAGACGAUUCGGAGCAUGGAGCAGACGACAACUCGGACGAUCCGUAUCUGCGUUUGGACGAGGAGGACCCAGGGGUGCCCCGACAUCAGGCCCACUCUAUACCGUUGCUACAAGCUUCAGAGGGAGACAGUGCUAAGGGAUGGUUGGCGCAUGCUUCCCCUCUCCGGUCGCCUUCACCAUCACCCUCUUCCUCGCUUGAUUCGAGGAGUCCACCACCAGAUAUUCUCAGUCCGACCUUUCGUCCACCCAUUCACGCUGAUCCGCAGCCACAACCUCCACCACCACCUCGUACAGCUGUCUCGCUCUCCUUGACCGAGUCAUUGCUGCCUCGAGACGGCCACACACGACCCCUGGACGUGUUCUCCUUGCCCGAUCCCCGCUAUGUUUCCCGGCGGCGGCGGAAAUACAACGAUUAUAUCUGGACAGCUGUUUGGUGUGCCGGACUAAGCACAUGUCUCUUCUUCUCCAUCCUUAUCCUUUUUGUCACUCGCAAGCCGACCACACCUCCACGCGCCAGUCUUCCGUACAUGACCCUCCUCCAUACCGUUCCAUUACUCACGAUUCUCAUCUUCCUGAGCGCCAUCGUCGCAUAUCUGCAUGUGUUCCUUCUCCGCAUAUUUGUUAAGCCUAUGAUGAUUGCGACUUCAGUCUUCAUACCAGCGACACUACUCAUCUCCGCAGUCUGGGCAUUUGUAGGCAGUUUCAUGUGGGAUGGAACACAAGAGCCAACGUGGGGAGAAACAGUAGGUCUUCGCCUAUUCUCCUUGGUUCCAUUGGUGUUAUCCCUAUUGACUGCACGGAAACUGCUUGACCUCCCUCGGGACAUCCAUACUGCUUCAUCCCUGCUCACGCUGACGACGCGUUUGCUGAUGGCAAAUCCCUUUCUUCUUGCGCUCUCCCCGACUGUUUUACUCGCAAUACUCCUGGCAUCUGUUCCCUUCAUGACUUUGGCCUUCCGUCUUCUCUUGAUCGGGUAUUUCUCUCAUCCCUCUGGCAACAUGUCUGGCUGGGAAUGGCAUGUCAGGGGCUGGGCGAAUUGGGCCAUCGCGGGCACAGUUGGUAUUUGGCUCUGGAGUUGGGGUGUCGCUCGGGGUGUGCUGCGGGUGACCUGUGCGGGGGUCAUAGGUGCAUGGUUUUUCGCCGACCCCGAUGCGACUCCUCCCGCGCCCACGAACACUCACACUAUCCAUGCUGCACUCACACGAGCAAUGCAGCCAUCGCUUGGGUCCAUUGUCCUGUCUGCCUUGAUCAUCGCGUCUGUACGGUGUCUCGGGCUGCUCGCGGCUGGUCUGCGCAUCCUACCGGCCUAUCUUCCGCCUUACCUACGCGUAGCAAGUGUCGGUGCCAGCAUGGCUGCAGGCUAUUUGGAGGGCGCGACGAGCACACUCAGCACGCACGCACUGGUAUAUAUUGGCCUUACAGGCGAUCCGUUCUUCCCUAGCGCGCGGAGAGCGCGUGCGCUCACCGCUGCAGUGGAGAGCUCCUCGGUUGUGAAUUACCGAAGAAGGUUCAAGACUGAGCCUUCUCUGACAAUUUUGACUGUCGCGCCCUUGACGCUUAUGUUUCCCUUCGCACUGGGAACGUACUUGUUCGUUGCACACACGUUGAACGCGCCCGACCAGGCUCUGUCAGCGGCCAUGCUUGCGGGCAGUGUCACUUCGCUGGUCGGACUGUUCUGUAUAGGGCUGGUGAAGGAUACUGCAGACACGCUGUAUAUCUGCUACUGCAUAGACAGGGAUGUUGGUGACCGACACAGGGAGGAAGUCGUCGAGGCUUUCGAGUACGAAAGCAGAAGACGGCCAGCGCAGACACACCACCAUGACCCUGCAGCACCAAUGCACGAACAGCGUGGUCGCUCGCGCGAAGUCCAUCGACCCUCACCUGCGCCCCCGCGUGCCGAGACACCCGAUCCCUUCCAGCACUCCCCGUCCGUCAUAGACUCACCUCCAAUACCGGAUCCCAUACCGCUCGUGUCGUCCACUCACGACUCCAAGGCGCGAUUGCCCCUGAGUCGCCGCGAGAGCCUUUUGCAGGACCCGCUGAUCCGCUUGACUCCACUUGAGGCCCAUACAGAGAGCGAUGAAGAGGAAGGCGAGGAGUCGCAGCUCUUCCCUGGGUCGGAUCUGUUCUAG